AUGGCACUAAUGAAGAAGAGUCUCUUUUCUCUUCUCCUCUCAUCACCACUUCUUAUCAUCUGUCUUAUCACAUUGCUCACUGAUCCGGUUUCAGUCAGUGCUCGCCGAGUUGGUCGAUCCCUGGUCCAAGAAGAGGUCACAAAAAUAUCACAAUAUAAUAAGCUUGAGGAGACGGAGAUUCCAGGAGAGCCAGAGGAGCCGGAGAUUCCAGAAGAGCCUGAGGAGCCGGAGGAUCCAGAUGAGCCUGAGGAACCGGAGAUUCCAGAAAAGCCCGAGGUCCCUGAGCUUCCUGAGGAACCAGAGGAGCCACCAAAGGAGUCAGAAGAAGGGAGUUUUGAAUUUCCCUCGUGGAUCCCGAGCUUCCCUUUUCCCGGUGCUAACGACGGUUUUCCGAAGACUGAAAAGACAAAACCUACGGCAACCACAAGUGUUUCUGAGGAAGCCUCUAGUAGUUCGAGCAAGAAGCCAUAG